GACCGAAUGGUAUUUUUGGUAUUGAAACGUGUAGGUCCCCGGCAAUUUUCUAACCGGCAAUCAAACGAUCGAUACGCGCCGAUAGCUGUAAUUACGAGAGCAACGAUUGUCGCUCCCCAUGUCCUGAAAAUUAUAUACAUUUCCCCCUCAUUUUUACACAACACCGGCUAUAUAUGUGCCCAGCUCGAUAUCUCUCUCGAGGCACACCGUUGCAUCACUAAAAUGCGAACGAGUCUUGAACAAGAUCCCCCGAAAUGGAGAGACGCCUACGUGGUGCCGAAAACAAUGCUCCAGGUGUGCGGUAUUUGGCCGACGCGUCAUACCUCCAACCUUACGACAAUGUUUCGGAUCCUGUUCUUCGCCGUCUCGCUAGUAUUCGACAUGACGAUCCUCGUAGAACUCAAAAUCCUCAUCACCUCGAAGGAUUACGAGGCCUUGUCCACUCACCUGUCCACGCUGGGAUUGUACAUCGGCUACACCAUAGCUAUAAUGAUAUUUAAAGGGCAAGAGAGAAAAUUUACCCAACUACUCGACACCUUGGAGGCUCCCAUAUUUGAUGAUUUUCCCUCGAACCUUGUAACGUUCAAAACCGAGUGUAUUUCCCUUUCCAAUGGCAUUUCCACGUUCUACAUAUCGUGCGUCGCGGCCAGCAUCACCCUCUACCUGAACAGACCCCUGUAUACGGAGUUUUCCUUGCCCAUAAGCUUCUCGUUCGAUAUCAGCGCUUUAGAGUUCUAUAUGUUGCUGGCUCUUCAAAUCUUCUCUGUCUUUUAUCUCGUGAUGACAGGCAUAUGCUUCAAUAUGCUCAACAUAAGCUUGAUCAACGUUGCCUCGGCACAACUCGACAUACUAGGCGAGACCGUCAGCAGUUUCUUGUUCAAAAGGCACCCAAACUUUGAGGAAAUGGAGAAAGUGCAUUUGAUCAAGUGCGCCAAGAAACACGUCGCUGUUAUUCGAUUUGUAGAUCAAAUUGAGGAAGUUUUUACGUACAUUUGCAUGACGAGGUGUUUGAGCAGCAUCGUCUCCAUAUGCAACGGCGUUUUUCAACUAACGCACACUGGAAACCUGUACAGCGUCGCGUUCUUGUUCAACAUCGCGUUCGUCUUCGACGUCCUCUUCGAGAUCGGCAUUUACUGUUGGUUCGCAGGCCUGUUGACGAUAAAGAGUUUGGCGGUGGCGGAUGCUUGCUACAACUACAACUGGCUACUUUCCUCCGAAAACAACAAGAAAUUGCUGCUCAUCGUGCUCACAAGGAGCCAGAAGCCGCUGUUCACCACGGCCGGCAAGUUUGCCAGACUUAGCAUGGCGUCGUUUUUGUCGGUUUUGAAGACGGCUUACUCCUACUUUGCGCUGAUGCAGAGUCUGUACGAGAGAAACGAAUUCGAGGAGUGCCUGUAAAUCAUCUCUGGCUUGUCAUAUGUAUUGCGUCUUAACGUUCUAAUUCACUCUACGCGU